AUGACCCAGAGGCACCUGCGCACGCAGGUGGCUUCUGCAACCACGGUCGCCACCAUGAGUAAGGCGGCUGCGGGUGAUGAGCUCUCAGAAUUCUUCAGCCUCAUCCCAGACUUGCUGGAGGUUGCCAACACAAGCAAUAACGCGUCGCCGCAGCUUCCCGACUUGUGGUGGGAGCUGGGGCUGGAGUUGCCGGAUGGUGCGGCGCCCGGGCAUCCCCCAGGCAGCGGCGGGGCAGAGAGGGCAGACACUGAGGCCCGGGUGCGGAUUCUCAUCAGUGCGGUUUACUGGGUAGUUUGUGCCCUGGGACUGGCCGGUAACUUGCUGGUUCUCUACCUGAUGAAGAGCAAGCAGGGCUGGCGCAAAUCUUCCAUCAACCUCUUCGUCACUAACCUGGCGCUCACUGACUUUCAAUUCGUGCUCACUUUGCCCUUCUGGGCGGUGGAGAACGCUUUAGACUUCAAGUGGCCCUUCGGCAAGGCCAUGUGUAAGAUAGUGUCCAUGGUGACGUCCAUGAACAUGUACGCUAGUGUCUUCUUUCUCACCGCUAUGAGCGUGGCGCGCUACCACUCUGUGGCCUCGGCUCUGAAGAGCCAUCGGACCCGAGGGCUUGGCCGUGGCGACUGCUGCGGCCAAAGCUUAAGGGACAGCUGCUGUUUCUCAGCCAAGGUGUUGUGUGGAUUGAUAUGGGCUUCUGCCGUGUUAGCCUCGCUGCCCAAUGUCAUCUUCUCUACCACCAUUAGGGUGAUGGGCGAGGAGCUGUGCCUCAUGCAUUUCCCGGACAAGCUGCUAGGCUGGGACAGGCAGUUCUGGCUGGGUUUGUACCACCUGCAGAAGGUGUUGCUGGGCUUCCUGCUACCGCUGAGUAUCAUCAGUUUGUGUUACCUGUUGCUGGUGCGCUUCAUCUCUGACCGCCGCGUAGUGGGGACAACGGAUGGAGCCGGAGUCGCAGCGGCUGGGGGAGGCCUGAGUGCAGCCGGGGCUCGGAGGCGGUCCAAGGUCACCAAGUCAGUGACCAUCGUAGUCCUGUCCUUUUUCCUGUGUUGGCUGCCCAACCAGGCGCUCACCACCUGGAGUAUCCUCAUCAAGUUCAACGCGGUGCCCUUCAGCCAGGAGUACUUUCUGUGCCAGGUGUACGCGUUCCCAGUCAGCGUGUGCCUAGCGCACUCCAACAGCUGUCUCAACCCGAUCCUCUACUGCUUAGUGCGCCGCGAGUUCCGAAAGGCGCUCAAGAACCUGCUGUGGCGCAUCGCGUCGCCUUCGCUCACCAGCAUGCGCCCCUUCAUCGCCACCACCAAGCCAGAGCCGGAGGACCACGGGCUGCAGGCCCUGGCGCCGCUUAACGCCGCUGUAGAACCUGACCUGCUCUACUAUCCGCCCGGUGUAGUGGUCUACAGUGGGGGACGUUACGACCUGCUUCCUAGCAGUUCGGCCUACUGA